CAGUAACUCCCUUGGGCAAACACACGUCCGAAAGCAAGAAAAACAGGUCUUGUGCAAAUCAGUGCUCACUUCUGCCUGCACUUUUAUUACUAUUCGAAUUGAGAAAAAGUAAAAAACGUUAUCGAUGCCUCUUGGUUAUCCGACUGGGAUAGAAAGCGACUCGCCGACAGCCUGUGGAGAGACGACCAGGCGGUGUGGGUGUCACUCAGCGCCGACUAAAUGACCACCAACGGCUAGCCAAGCGAGGGUAGGAUGGACGGAUAUUUGGACCAGCAAGUGCCUUACACGUUCGCAAAAAAACCACAAGGAAAUGGAGCCAUAAACAGGUCUUUGAUGGCUGCAAAAAGGAAAUAUAUGGACACAGAAUUGCCCCCUCAGGAAUCGGAAGACCUUUUUCAGGACUUAAGCCAGCUUCAGGAGACUUGGCUAACGGAGGCUCAAGUGCCCGACAGUGACGAGCAGUUUGUGCCCGACUUCCACUCAGAAAACCUAGCUUUCCACAGCCCUCCUGUGAAGAUCAAAAAGGAGCCCCAGAGCCCGGGAUCAAACCCCACGCUUUCCUGCAGCCUCAAGCAGAGCUUCCCCUACCCCAGCGGGGACCAGUGCCUUUAUGCCAGUGCCUAUGACCAGAGCAGAUCUAUUGGACACAAGGCCUCCCACCCGAUGUCCCCUCUCCAUCACUACUCCAGCAAGGCCCCCCUGAACCCCCAGCCAGAGCCCAGCUACCUGAACCCACCAGGCUCAUCACAACCUACAACCAAACAUGGAUACCCCAUGGGCCCCAGAUACCCGCCACACGGGACAGAAGUGUGCCAUUCUUUCUCCUCUUCUCAGAGCGCAGCCCACGAGCCGCUGGCACCAGCAGCAGCGGCUGGGUACCAGCAGCAGAUGGCAGAGGUGAGCGCCCCCUAUGUGUCGCAGAACUUCAAGCAGGAGUAUCACGACCCUCUGUAUGAGCGAGCGAGCAGGAUGGCGGGUAACGGACAACAGAGAUACCCAGUGGCACAUAUGGCGGUCAAGCAGGAGCCCCCCGAUUACGCCUACGAGCCAGAUGUGUCAGGCUGCCCAUCCAUGUACGUGCACAACGAGAGCUACGGCGCGGCGUCGCACAGCUCAGAAGGCUAUGCGUACGACAAGCGGCACCUGAGGCCGUUCAGCGACGACGCGUGCAUCGUGCCAGAGAAGCUGGAAGAGAUGAAACAGGAGCCAGGGGCCGUGUUCCGUGAGGGUGCCCCCUAUCAGCGCAGAGGGUCAUUGCAGCUUUGGCAGUUCCUGGUGGCUCUCCUCGAUGACCCUGGCAACUCCCACUUCAUUGCGUGGACCGGCCGUGGCAUGGAAUUCAAGCUCAUCGAGCCGGAAGAGGUGGCCCGGCUCUGGGGGAUGCAGAAGAACCGACCCGCCAUGAACUACGACAAGCUGAGCCGCUCCCUGCGCUACUACUACGAGAAAGGCAUCAUGCAGAAGGUGGCCGGCGAGCGCUACGUCUACAAGUUUGUCUGCGAGCCCGAAGCCCUCAUCUCGCUGGCGUUUCCCGACAAUCAGCGGCCGGCGCUCAAGUCCGAGUUCGAGCGACACGUCAACGAGGAGGACACCGUGCCACUGUCGCACCUGGACGAGGGUCCCGCCUACCUGGCCGCCGAGGGGCAGCACUAUCCCAAGGGCUACAUGUAUUAGCCGCUCGCACUGUGGGGGGGCACGACGCUGACCCCCACCACCACCACCCCUCCCCCCCUGUACAUAUCUAUUGGCUUUGGUGUUUUGUUUAAAUUAAGAUGAUGAUGAUGAUGAUGAGAGACUGAAACUCGACACAACGCUGCACAAAGAGACCACGAAUAAAACCCCCGUUAGUCCGA